CAUGAAAAUUCAAUAUAUAAUAAUAAAAUAAUAAAUAAAAAUAAUUAUUAUAUAAUAAUGCUCAAAUAUAAUUAUUUAUAACAACAAUAAUAAUCAUUGGUCGAGCAACCUCGAAACUCGAAAUCCAACUCGUAACUGGUCAUCCUAAUGGGGUUCUCGUGCCUAACUUUAAAUUGAAUAUGGUCAAACUUAGUCAAACACGUUCGAAUCUGUAAGUUUUAACUACUUAUUAAAGUAAAUCGAGUUAACUAAACUGUUCCUCUCUAUCUUUUCAACAAAUGCUUCUUAUCUCUAAUUUUCAAUGCAAAUUCGGGUCAACUAAGAGAUAUCGAUUUGACGAGGCGAACAUUGACAACUUGCUCUCUGAGUCAAACGGUCAACCCCAAACAACUUCUACACUAAUAUAGAUAUAAGAAAAAAUUAAUAAUAUUAAUUAUAAUCUAAUUAAAAAUUCAUAAUUCCCCUCCUCCCCCUUCCCCCUUCCUUCCUUCCCUUGCACCUCAAUUUGGGGGUAAGCCGAAACAGUGAAUUUACGCUCACGUUUUGCACCCUCCUACUGUUACAAAAUAACCAAACGGGAGUAAACACCUUGGAACUUGUGUUUAACCCUCCAAACUUGCACCUCUUCCAUUUACACCCCUUCCCAAACAUAGCGUCAAAGUUGUCUCCAAAAACUCAAAAGCCGCCGGAAGCCAAAUCCAUAAACCCCCGGAAACGCCAACGGUAAAAGAAAUCCGAAUUGGAAUUUUCAUUGGUUAAUUUGUUUCUCCAGUUUCUCUCUCAUUCCUUCAACGCCGGAUUCGGACCUGAACCUCACUCUGUCCACCAGGCUCCUCGUCGUCACCAUUCCCUCCAACCGCCCGCGUGCUCCGUCUCCGGCGUUCCUCUCCUCGUUCUUUUUCUGUCAUCUCCCGAUCCUAAGUUAUUCUGGCUCUUCGGAUCCGAAGCUCUUGUUACUCAGUCACUGUAAGCCAAGCAAUUUCCUCUUUCUUGGUUGUUUCCCAUAAUUUUGCGGUUUCCCCGAGUGUUUCUUGGUUCUUCUAGCCGUGGGUCCUUUCUGGGCAAUUUCGUAUUUCAAUCAAUCGAUGCAAACUGUUUUCCUGUUGGGUAAGAUAUGAUGUGGGUGGGGAAAAGUAUGUACUUUUUCAGAUUUUGGGUUUGGAAGAACUCUUUUUGUUUGCUCUAAAGCUUCUACCUUUGGUUACUCCACGAACCACCCAAAGAACCCUAAGUUCGUCUUCCAAAACUGGACUAAGCUUCGAAAGUUUUUCCGCUAAUUAUUGUGAAUGCUGGCUCAUAGUUCUCACUAUUCUUUUCUCAUUCUGAGUUCCUUACCUUAUUAUUGCCUCGUGACCAGUUAACAAAAAAUCUUUCAAGGAAAGCGACUUUCUGUAUCUGGUUUCACGUUGCAAAAUGCAGUCUGUGGGAUUCAGCAGUGCUUGAAACUACUUUGCUUGAAGAUUAUCAUCAUUGGUGAGGAAUCUGUUUUCAUUUGCAGCGAAUUUUAAUGAUUUUCUUUCAUCUUAUCAAUUUUUGUAGUUAAAAACUGCAAGAAGCUAUUGAGUGGUGGCAUUUCCAUGUCUUAAGCAACAACCCAAGUUCUGAUGUGAGAGGUAAGCUCAGUGGGGGCCUUCCUGUUCGGCUUAGAAGACAAUGGGAGAUGGCAGCAACAACAGAGGCAGUGGUGGUGGUGGCAACAGUGCGAAGCCAGAAUGGCUGCAGCAGUACAAUCUCAUUGGCAAGAUCGGCGAAGGCACUUACGGUCUUGUAUUCUUGGCCAAAACCAAGCCACCUUCUUCAAACCGUGGCAAAUCGAUCGCCAUCAAGAAAUUUAAGCAGUCCAAAGAUGGUGAUGGUGUCUCCCCCACCGCCAUCCGUGAGAUCAUGUUGCUACGAGAGAUAACACACGAGAAUGUGGUGAAGCUCGUCAACGUCCACAUCAACCACAACGACAUGUCGCUCUACCUGGCAUUUGACUACGCUGAGCACGACCUCUACGAGAUCAUCAGGCACCACAGAGAGAAGCUCAACCAUCCAAUCAACCAAUACACGGUCAAAUCACUGCUCUGGCAGCUGCUCAAUGGCCUGAACUAUCUCCACAGCAACUGGAUUGUGCAUCGAGACCUCAAGCCAUCCAACAUCCUAGUGAUGGGAGAUGGCGAAGAGCAUGGGGCCAUCAAGAUUGCUGAUUUUGGACUCGCAAGGAUUUAUCAAGCUCCAUUGAAGCCACUGGCCGAUAAUGGUGUCGUGGUAACAAUUUGGUAUCGUGCACCCGAGUUACUCCUUGGGGCGAAGCAUUACACCAGCGCUGUUGAUAUGUGGGCUGUGGGAUGCAUUUUUGCUGAGCUCUUGACUUUGAAGCCGCUCUUUCAAGGUGCAGAGGCCAAAUCGACGCCAAACCCUUUCCAGCUCGAUCAGCUCGACAAGAUUUUCAAGGUAUUAGGCCAUCCCACGCAAGAGCGGUGGCCAAUGCUUGUGAAUCUACCCCAUUGGCAAUCUGAUCUUCAGCACAUCCAAGGUCACAAGUACGAGACCAAUGUACUACACAGUGUAGUGCAUCUCUCUCCCAAAAGUGCUCCAUUUGAUCUGCUUUCUAAGAUGCUUGAAUAUGAUCCUAGAAAGCGGAUAACAGCUGCACAGGCACUUGAUCAUGAGUACUUCCGGAUGGAACCUUUGCCAGGAAGAAAUGCUCUUGUGCCGGUUCAGCCAGGGGAGAAAGUGAUCAAUUAUCCUACUCGUCCUGUUGACACGAAUACUGAUUUUGAAGGAACGACUAACCUUCAGCCUCCACAGCAGAUGGUGUCAGGAAAUGCAAUGGUGGCAGGUGCUCAUGGAAUGGGAGCCCGAGGUGGUCCUCGACCUAUGCACAUGGGGAUGCAGAGAAUGCAACCUCAGGGUAUGGCAGCUUAUAAUCUUCAGGCUCAGGCUGGAAUGGGAGGGAUGAAUCCAGGAGGAAUGCCGAUGGGUCGAGGUGUCGCCCAUCAGCAACCUCACCUGAGAAGGAAAGAUCCGCCCAUGGGGGCUGGAUACCCUCCACAACAGAAAUCAAGACGCUAAUAAGACGAGCUCCAACUCUCAGAGAGAUUUUACUUCUGCUGGUCCAGGCAUAAUUGUUCUAUCCUGGAUCACUCUGAACUGUCUGCCACUCGCUGCUUGUAUGCACAGUUUCUCCGCUUAAAAAUCGACGAGCAGAAAUUUUCACAUCAAACUGGCUAUCUAACAAAGAGCCCCUGGUAUAUGUACUAUGUAUGAAUUUUGUCUUGCUGUGAUCGUUUUAUUUAUGCUCCACGGAGUCGCAGUUCUUCCCAAUUUUAAGGGAUUUGUAUGAAGCAGCUGUAACACAAUUAUGUACUGCAGUUCACUUAAGCAGAUGAGUUCAACAAAUGUGUAUUCUGGUUUCGGCUUAGAAGUUAGAAUAACAUGUGGGGCUGUGC